AGGUUACACAUCCUAGGAGGACUGCAGGACUGCAAAGCAUCCAGCAGAUUCACACUGCUACUGAUUGUAGGAUACUCUCAAACUACUCUGGGCCAUGAAUGUAAUCAAUCAACAAACAAAGGAACAGUUUGCUGUUGAAUUUAUACUCUGGGGUGCAGAAAAGUCCUGGAAGGAUUAUUGAACUGCCAAGGGGCAUAUAUGCUUCAUAGCCAAGUUCAUAUGCUGGCAUAAAAACCUCAAGAAACGUUCUGAUCCUAGUUAUACAGUGGCUCCUCCAUUUGAAACCCAGCAACAGCCGACAGAAAAAGACUCCAGUAUCUCUGGUUACAUCAUGGUGGUGCAGAAUAAUCUGGAUAUCGGGGAAACCAGGAAAGAAAUCCUGCUAGAACCAUUCAUCCACCAGGUUGGAGGACAUAUGAGCAUGAUGAAGUAUGAUGACUGCACUGUCUGUAAGCCACUUGUCUCUCAGGAGCAAUGGUUCUAUGAAGCUCUUCCAACAGCAAUGAAACAGUUCACUCCUCAUUACAAAGGUGUAAUAUCUGUAUAUCUCAAGAAGGACAACAUGGGAGAUCUGAAUCUUGUAGCCUGUCCACACACAGAUAAUCACAAUUCCUUGGAUAACACCCCAAAGGAGUGUUCAAUGACAAUAUGGCAGAAACUCAAUCAAGCAAAAACUAGCAAGAAUGAUCACACAUUUGUCAAAUGGAAUCACAACCCAUUCACAAAUGUCACUGAAAGCAGCUGCCAUGGGAACACACGACUGCAGACAGAUCUUCAGUACCACCAAGAUGUAUCAUCACUUAUGGAGGAUACCAAUGGGAACCAAGAGGCAAAUAACAGCUUUAAUCCUUGGGGAUUGCACUGUCACAAACAGCAUCUAAAUCGCAUGUCUUCCAAGUAUAAGGAGAAUAAACCUCAUCAAUUUCUGUUGCUAGAAAAUGUUGUAUCCAAAUAUAAAUACCCAUGCAUUCUGGAUUUAAAAAUGGGAACCAGGCAGCAUGGUGAUGAUGCAUCAGAGGAGAAGAAAGCACGUCAAAUAAAGAAAUGUGAACAAAGUACAUCAGCCUCCCUUGGAGUCCGUAUUUGUGGCAUGCAGGUUUACCAGGCCAAUACCAUCCAGUAUAUUUGCAAGGAUAAGUACUACGGACGAAAACUUUCACCAGACGGCUUCAAGCAAGCCCUUUGCCAGUUCCUUCACAAUGGGAAUCAUUUUAGAACAGACCUUGUGGAACCAAUUUUGUUUCAGCUGAAUACUCUGCUGUCUGUCAUCAAAAACCAACUUUCUUACCGGUUCUUCUCUAGCUCACUACUCAUAAACUAUGAAGGACUGGAGAAAACAAUGCCUUCAGACAAUGACCCUCAGGGACAUUAUCAAAACAUAAUCUGCUCUGCUUCACAUGGAAGUAGCCAUCCUAAAGUUGAUGUUCGCAUGAUAGAUUUUGCUCACACAACUAGCAAAGACUCAAGGUAUGAGGGACCAGAUAACGGUUAUAUUUUUGGUCUAGAAAACUUAAUUAAAAUUUUCCAGAGUAUAUCGAUGGGAGAAUGACAAUUACUGAAUUAAAUAAAGACUCAUGAUUUGAAAUAGCAGAAUCUGUACAUUAGGCUAUAACAGUAGGAAGCCGUCCAGCUACUACAGCAAUAAAAAUGGCAGUUUGCUAAGGAAAGCUCAAAUGAUACUAUAUGCCACUAAGGAUUGAGCAGAAGUUCUCAUAAUUGUGAACCAUUGGACGAUUUUCUUUUCUAAUUUUACUGUUGCCUAUUCAUGUCAUUUGCAAAGAAGAAUGCUUGAAAAGAACUUGAAGAGUUAGGAACUUUUUUUAAUGAAGAGCCAUUCAGAUUUGCAGUGUGAGCAAGGACCAAGCAACUAUGAAUCUCAUAAAAAGAGCUAUGAAGAUAGGCUAGCAGGUCCUUAAAACAAUUCAACUUAAUUCAUCCAAUUUGGUGGGUUAAGAACGACAAUCACUCUUGAACAAGCUUAGCUACUAAACAGCAGUACUUAAAAAAGUUUAAAUUAACUCCUUGUUUCUUUGUAUUCCAUGCUAGUGUCUGUGCCAAAGUAUUUUCCAAAGGAUAAGCACAAUCAGAGCCACAAUCAAAAGCAGAGGGUACCAGAUAUUCUCAGAGAAACAAUGUAAGAUAUGGAUCAGUGGUGAUUAACCUUUUUUGGCUCCUGUGCCAAAAAUUGCGUGUGCGUUUACGUGAGAACGCUUGCAUGCCAGCACCCAGAAGGCAAUGGGUGCUGGCCUCCCCACGCCCCCUGCUCACGCACACGUGACCCCCUGAGUGCUGCGCAUCUCUGCACACAUGUGCGUGACCCCCCGCAUUCCAUGUGUCUGCGCAUGCACACGUGAUAUCCCACACACCACAUUUCUGCACAUGCGUGAGACCCCCAUGUGCGCUGCGCAUCUCUGCACAUGUGCGUGUGUCUCCCACGCCCC